UUGCCCUGGAACCCGCAAGACGCCGCAGAACCUCCGCAGUGGACAGCGUCGGCGGGGAACCUCGGUCGCCAUGUCUGUGCUGGACGUGUUGUGGGAGGACCGCGACGUGCGCUUCGACGUGUCCUCGCAACAGAUGAAAACAAGACCCGGAGAAGUCCUUAUUGACUGUUUAGAUUCGAUUGAAGACACAAAAGGAAAUAAUGGGGAUAGAGGUAGACUCUUAGUAACAAACUUAAGAAUCAUCUGGCAUUCCUUGGCAUUACCCAGAGUCAAUCUUUCUAUUGGUUACAACUGCAUAUUGAAUAUUACAACAAGAACUACUAACUCCAAACUACGAGGCCAAACUGAAGCUCUUUAUAUGCUGACAAAAUGUAACGCCACCAGAUUUGAGUUUAUUUUCACAAAUCUGGUUCCUGGAAGCCCUAGACUUUUUACUUCUGUGAUCGCUGUGCACAGAGCAUAUGAGACAUCUAAAAUGUACCGUGACUUUAAACUGAGAAGUGCAGUCAUUCAAAACAAGCAGCUGAGGUUGUUACCACAAGAGCACGUGUACGAUAAGAUCAACGGCGUUUGGAAUUUAUCCAGCGACCAGGGAAAUUUAGGAACGUUUUUUAUUACCAAUGUGAGGAUUGUGUGGCAUGCAAACUUGAACGACAGUUUUAAUGUCAGCAUACCAUAUCUGCAAAUUCGUUCAAUAAAGAUUAGAGAUUCAAAAUUUGGUUUGGCUCUUGUCAUAGAAAGCUCUCAGCAGAGUGGAGGAUAUGUUCUUGGCUUUAAAAUAGACCCUCUGGAAAAACUACAUGAAUCAGUUAAGGAGAUCAACUCACUUCACAAAGUCUAUUCUGCCAGCCCGAUAUUUGGAGUGAAUUAUGAAAUGGAAGAAAAGCCACAGCCACUUGAAGCUCUGACAGUUGAACAGAUUCCAGAUGAUGUGGAAAUAGACUCUGAUGAUCACACGGAUGCUUUUGUGGCUUAUUUUGCUGAUGGAAAUAAGCAACAAGACCGUGAACCUGUAUUUUCAGAAGAACUGGGGCUUGCAAUAGAGAAACUGAAGGAUGGAUUCACACUGCAGGGACUUUGGGAAGUAAUGAGUUGAGCUUGAGUUGAACUGGGUUUCUAUUUAAAUGUGUCUCAAGAUUAAAAGAUACCACUUUCCUGCUCUAGGCAUGGAAUAGUUUUUAUAUUUAUAGCUUUUAUAUUUUAUAUUUUAUGAAAAGUUUUUAAUAAUUAAGGAAAAACUCCUGGAUUUUAGAAAACUACCAGUUUUCUAAAAGAUAUAUUCAAAAUUGUAAUUGAAAUGUACCUGGAUUGUAAAUGUUUAUAUUGUACCUAAUGCUUGUAAAAUAGCAAUUUACAGAUAUUAAGUGACUAUAUCAUGUUGGACUUAAUAAAGUUUUUUAUUUAGUACCACUUAAUGUUUUGACGGUAUUAUUUUAAAAAAAAAAGAUCAUUCUUAAGAAAUAAUCAAAUACUUCUUGACUAGAAAUCGUGUUUAUUACCACAGGACUCUAAAUGUAAAACUCUAAUACAAAUACAAUUCUGUUGGUUUGUUUGUUUUUGAGACAGGGCCUUACUAUGCAGCUCUGGCUGUUCCAGAACUCAAAAAGAUCUGCCUGAAGCCUCCCAAGUCACAGUUCUUAAACACAUCAUUUUUAGGGGCUCAUUUUUGUAAAAACUAAUCUUUUUAACUAUUGUGUAUAUUUCUAAAGAAUGCUAAUCUGUAAAUAAUGGUAUGAUGGUUUCAACAAGAAGUUAUUUGGUUUGUAAGGAAAUUGUUCGUUCAUAAAUUGUUUUGUUCAUUCAUU